AUGAUGGCAAAUUUUAAAAAUAUUUGUCGGUUUCCUAAGAUAUAUUUAUGGAAAGCUUACAAGAGAUUUAAUAGUAACUAUAGUAGAAACAUACUAAAACUCAGCGAAAGAGGCAUGUACCAAGACUUGUUUCCAAAUACAUCUGCGAAUGAAAUAAUAAAUUUGUUAAAUAAGAGCCCACAGUGUGUAUAUGCAGGAUUCGAUCCUACUGCAAACAGUCUACAUGUUGGAAAUCUACUUGUUAUAAUAAAUUUAAUCCACUGGCAAAGAGCAGGACAUAAUGUUAUAGCAUUGUUAGGAGGAGCUACUGGUUAUAUUGGAGAUCCAAGUGGAAGAAGCUCAGAUAGAGUAGCACUACCACAAGAUAUCAUUAUAGGAAAUAUUAAUUGUAUAAGAAAUAAUCUUGAAACUGUAUUUGAAAACCACAAAAAGUACAUUUGGUCAGAAGAUGAAAGCAAAUUAAAGCCUAUAAAGAUUGUAAAUAAUGAGACAUGGUAUAGAAAUAUUGACUCAAUAGAGUUUGUGAGUGAAAUUGGAAGAAACUUUAGAAUGGGUACAAUGUUGUUGAAGCAAAGUGUCCAAAACAGAAUCAACUCCGAAGUUGGAAUGAGUUUUACAGAAUUUGCUUAUCAAAUAUUUCAGUCUUAUGACUGGCUGCAUUUAUUGAAGAAGUAUGAUUGUAGAUUUCAGAUCGGUGGAAGUGAUCAGAUGGGUAAUAUAAGUGCAGGACAUGAAUUAAUUAGUAGAACUGCAAAAAAAAAUGUGUAUGGAUUAACAUUGCCAUUAGUAACUACUGAAGAGGGAGAUAAAUUUGGGAAAUCUGCUGGAAACGCUAUAUGGUUGGAUGGUUUAAAAACUAGUCCAUAUAGUUUAUACCAAUUCUUUAUAAGAACAAAGGAUUCAGAAGUGGAAAAAUUGUUGAAGUUAUUUACUUUUUAUAGCUUAGGCGAGAUUAAAGAUAUAAUGUUUAAACAUCAACAGCAUCCUGAGCAAAGAUACCCACAGCAAUGUCUGGCUGAACAAUUAACAACAUUGGUUCAUGGAGAAGAAGGUCUAUCUAGAGCUAGAAAAGCAACAGAAGCAAUUUAUAGCAAAGAUGUGAAAUCUCUAGUGACACUGACUCCGACGGAAAUGGAGCUGGCGUUCGAAGGUGCUCCUGUAGUUAAUUUAUUAUUGUCCCCUGGUAUUACUGUGUUAGAGCUUGGCAUGAAGGCGAAAUGUUUUCCAACAGAAAGUGACGCCAUGAGGAUUAUACAGGCUGGUGGCUUUUAUAUAAACCAUCAAAAAAUUAAGAAAGUUGAUGAAGUCAUCACUGAAUCUGCGCAUAUAUUGCCAAAUUUAAUUUCAUUGCUGAGAGUUGGAAAGCGCAAUCACUACAUAGUCAAAUGGCAGACG